CACUCUAAAAAGUGGUUUCUGUCAGCAGAUCUUCCAGCUUCCUGACGUUUUUCUGACUGAAGCUGGCUUUAGUCGCUGCCAGGGCUCGCCAUGUCCCCCAUCAACAGCACAGAUCUGCAGGCGCUCCUGCUCUCCUUCCUGCACCACUGCUUCAACAGCACCAGCCUCCACGCUCACAACUACACCACCCAGCAUGCCGUGCAGGCCGGAGGCGGAGCCCGGGCCCAGUCUCAGGGCGUCGUGUACGUGUUCCUGGUGGUGGGCAUGUUCAGCUUCUGCACCUUCGGCAUCAUGCUCAGCUACAUCCGCUCCAAGAAGCUGGAGAGCUCCCAGGACCCGUACCACCAGUACAUCGCACACGACUGGAGCGCCGUGGCGGCGCCCAGCCGGGUCGUGGCUGAGGCCCUGCACAGGGAGGCGAGCAGGGAGGGGGCCGUCGUCUUCUGCAACCCUGCAGCAGCUACAGGGGCGGAGCACGGCCUGGAGUGACCUGGAAACGUUGAAACGAUGCGUCUGUGAGGGCGGCUUCACUCAUCCAGCCCCUGAAACUUCACGCUUUCAGAAGCUGAACUUUCUCUGAAACGAGUCAAAGAAGCUUCAGCUCUGAAACAGACAGCCGACGCCUCUGAAGGCGAGGGAUUCUGAAGACGACUUGUCUGAAUUCCUUCUUCUAAAAGUGACGUUUUAUAAAGAAUAUGUCGAACUAAAUAAAUUCAAAUCGAUUUUGUGUGGCCCACAUGAGCUACCCCUCUUUGACCCUUCUGACCCCACCCCCACUGACUGAGCGGCUGCUACAUC